CAUAGGCCUUAGAAUUCAACUAGAGUUCCCAUUGGAGUGGACAACCACCAAAAUCAAAGGAACCCCACUUCUUUUCUCUCUGCCUUCCUCUCAUAUCCUAAUUUUCAUCAAACAACAAUACAUAAUUACCCUCCUUAUAUUAUUUUCUCACUUUUUCUAGUCUAUCUGCAUAUCCCUUUCUCACUUCAAGUUAAUUCAUCUGCCAAUAACAAAACUCAAACCACGUUCUUUUCCAUUAAGCAUUUGUUUUUUCAGUUUCAAUGCAGCAUUUGCAUGCAAGCCUCAUUAACUAACGACAUUGGAACAUAGUAUAUGCUUUUUGUGCCUUGGCAAAAGCCAGUAAUGGAUAAUUGACACGUGAAAGAGCCCUCUAUUAGGAUUUGUACGUAAGAGGAAGUGAAUAUUGCUGUAACAAGAAAGGAGGUACAAAGGAAAAAAUGGCAGAUGUUGCAACGAAUAAAACGGAUGAUUAUAUAGUAUGUUAUGCACCUUCCAUGAUAACAACAAAUGGGGUGUGGCAAGGAGACAACCCUUUGGAAUAUUCUCUACCUCUUUUCAUCUUGCAAUUGACUUUGGUUGUGGUUGCCACCCGCAUAUUCGUCUUCAUUCUCAAGCCUUUUCGCCAGCCACGUGUAAUUGCUGAAAUCUUGGGUGGAGUAAUGUUGGGCCCUUCGGUGCUUGGGCAAAACGAAGCAUUUGCCAAUGCAGUGUUUCCUCUAAGAAGUGUGAUGGUGAUUGAAACAAUGGCAAACAUUGGUCUCCUUUAUUUUCUCUUCUUGGUAGGGGUGGAGAUGGACCUAACAGUGAUGCGUAGUGUUGGUAGAAAAGCUGUGGCUUCAGCAAUAGCUGGCAUGAUUCUACCUUUUAUCGUUGGAAUUGCCUUCUCCUACCUUUUGGCAAAAAAAACUGACUCUGACAUAAACCAAGGCACUUAUAUACUAUUCCUUGGUGUUGCUCUCUCUGUCACUGCAUUUCCUGUUCUUGCUAGGAUCCUUGCAGAGCUUAAACUUGUCAACACAGAAUUGGGGAGGCUUGCUCUUUCAGCUGCACUCAUCAAUGAUGUGUGUGCUUGGGUUAUGUUAGCUUUAGCCAUUGCUUUAGCUGAGACUGAAAUCACUACUUUGGCUUCUCUCUGGGUUCUAAUAUCAAGUGUAGUAUUCGUGGCCAUUUGUGCCUAUGGUGUUAGACCAGCAGCUAAAUGCCUAGUUAAGAAAACCCCAGAAGGUGAAUCCUUCAGUGAGUUUUACAUAUCUCUUAUUCUAGCUGGGGUCAUGGUCUCAGGCUUCAUCACUGAUGCCAUUGGGACUCAUGCUGUUUUUGGAGCUUUUGUGUUUGGUUUGUCUAUCCCAAAUGGACCACUCAGUUUCACUCUUGUGGAGAAGCUUGAAGACUUUGUUUCAGGACUUUUGCUUCCUCUCUUUUUUGCCAUUAGUGGGCUUAAAACUAACCUAGGGCUCAUCCAUGGCUCAUACACCUGGGUAAUUCUUAUUAUAGUCAUUUUUUUGGCCUGCCUUGGUAAAGUUGUUGGAACCAUUUUGGUUGCAUUGUUUUAUGAAAUGCCAAUACAUGAAGGAGCUGCCCUUGGUUUACUCAUGAACACAAAAGGCCUCGUUGAAAUGGUCGUGCUUAAUGUUGGGAAGGACCAGAAGGUUUUUGAUGAGGAAUCAUUCGCAAUUAUGGUGGUUAUAACAGUGAUAAUGACUGGAAUUAUUGUACCUGCCAUAUCAGUCAUUUACAAGCCAUCAAGAAAUAGCAUAUGUUACAAAAGAAGAACAAUUGAGAUAUCAAAAUUAGAUGCCGAGUUCAGAGUCCUAUUUUGUGUCCACACCCCUCGAAACGUUCCAACGAUGAUCAACCUCCUUGAAGCCUCUAAUCCAACAAAGAACUCUCCAAUAUGUGUCUAUGUGCUCCAUUUGGUGGAACUCAGUGGCCGAACAUCAGCCAUGCUCAUUGUUCACAACACUGCAAAACAAGAUGCCCCUGCCCUUAAUCGAACAGAAGCUCAAUCUGACCACAUAAUCAAAGCCUUUGAAAACUAUGAGCAGCAUGCUUCAUUCGUCUCAGUCCAGCCCUUAACAGCAAUUUCCCCUUACUCCACCAUGCAUGAAGACAUUUGCAAUUUGGCCUUGGACAAACGCGUGUCCCUCAUAAUCGUUCCUUUCCACAAACAACAAACGGUUGACGGUGGAAUGGAAGCAACAAACAUGGCAUACAGAUCCAUCAACCAGAAUGUGCUAGCAAAUGCACCUUGCUCGGUCGGAAUUCUAGUGGAUAAAGGCUUAAGUGGCUCUAACCGUCUGGCGGGAAAUCAAGUAUCUCAUCAUGUAGCAGUGUUGUUCUUUGGAGGACCAGAUGAUAGAGAGGCAUUGUGCUAUGGAUGGAGAAUGGUGGAACAUCACGGGAUUAGCCUUACCGUAAUGCGUUUUGUCCAAAGUGAUCAAGUACAAGUAGAGCCAUUGAGGCAACAACAUGGUGGUAUUGAUUUGGAUGAACCAAGGGUGCUGACAGUGCAAACAGAUAGGGAUAUUCAGAAGCAGCAUGAUGAGAAGCUUAUACAUGAGUUUAGGAUGAGGUGUGGGGAUGAUGAUGCGGUUGAUUAUGUUGAGAAGGUGGUCAGCAAUGGUGAGGACACAGUGGCAGCAAUAAGAACAAUGGAUGACAUUCAUGACCUUUUCAUAGUUGGGAGAGGUCAAGGGGUGAUAUCACCACUCACUGCAGGACUCACUGAUUGGAGUGAGUGUCCUGAGAUAGGGGCAAUUGGGGAUAUGCUAGCAUCUUCAGAUUUUGCAGCCACUGCUUCAGUGUUGGUGCUGCAACAAUAUGUUGGGGAUGGUUCACAAUAUGAAGGAUUAGAAACACCAUAUGGUGAAGAAUCCACACCACUACCACCAGGACAUAAAAUGUUCGGUUCAGAACACUAGACAAUUUUAAUUAUACCUGCUUCCUGCUUGUUGUGUCAUAACAGAGUACAGAAGAUUUCUUUUCUUUUCUUUUCUUUUUGUCUAUGUACCGUUGCUUUUGUAUUAUUAUGUCUUGUGGCCGAGUAGUUGUUUUUUGUUUGUACCUUUUUCAACUCUUACAAGAAAUGUACAUACAGUUUUAUUAGCACAAUUUGUUUUGUUGAUAUUUGAUAACUGCUUCAUAGAAUUUACUCAA